AUGACCACCAGCAACCGGCAGUUCUCCUCCUCCAACUCCAUCAGGGGCUCCUCUGGCCUGGGGGGCAGCUCGUCCCUCACCUCCUGCCAGCUGUCUGGCAGCCUGGGCAAUGCCCUUGGGGGCGGCAGCUACUCUGGCGGCUACUGCUUCGGCUCUGGAGGCGGCUACGGCAGAGGCGGCUACGGCGGCGGCGACUACGGCAGCGGUGGCUAUGGCAGCGGCGGCUACGGCGGCGGUGGCUAUGGCAGCGGCAGCGUUGGCACUGGUGGCGGUGGCUUUGGAGGUGGUGAUGGGCUGCUGGGGGGCAGCGAGAAGGCCACCAUGCAGAACCUCAACGACCGCCUGGCCUCCUACCUGGAGAAGGUGCGCGCCCUGGAGGAGGCCAACACUGACCUGGAGGUGAAGAUCCGCGACUGGUACCAGAAGCAGACCCCAGGGCCGACUUCCGACUACAGCUCCUACUUCAAGACCAUCGAGGACCUGAGGAACAAGAUCCUCAUGGCCACCACAGACAAUGCCAACGUCCUGCUGCAGAUCGACAACACCCGUCUGGCUGCUGAUGACUUCCGUACCAAGUUCGAGACGGAGCAGGCCCUGCGCGUGAGCGUGGAGACCGACAUCAAUGGCUUGCGCAGGGUGCUGGACGAGCUGACCCUGGCCAGAGCCGACCUGGAGAUGCAGAUCGAGAACCUCAAGGAGGACCUGGUCUACCUCCGGAAGAACCACGAGGAGGAGAUGAAAGUCCUGCAAGGCCAGGUGGGUGGUGAGAUCAGCGUGGAGAUGGACGCCGCCCCCAGCGUGGACCUGAGCCGCAUCCUGAAUGAGAUGCGUGAACAGUACGAGAAGAUGGCGGAGAAGAACCGCAAGGAUGCCGAAGACUGGUUCUUCAGCAAGACAGAGGAACUGAACCGCGAGGUGGCCAGCAACAGCGAGAUGGUGCAGAGCAGCAAGAGCGAGAUCUCAGAGCUCCGGCGCACCAUGCAGAACCUGGAGAUCGAGCUGCAGUCCCAUCUCAGCAUGAAAGCAUCUCUGGAGAACAGCCUGGCGGAGACAGAGAACCGCUACUGCCUGCAGCUGUCCCAGAUCCAGGGACUGGUCUGCAGCGUGGAGGAGCAACUGGCCCAGCUGCGCUGCGAGAUGGGACAGCAGAGCCAGGAGUACAAGAUCCUGCUGGACGUGAAGACACGGCUGGAGCAGGAGAUCGCCACCUACCGCCGCCUGCUGGAGGGCGAGGAUGCCCAGCUGACUCAGCACAAGUCCAGAGAACCUGUGACCACGCGCCAGGUGCGCACCAUUGUGGAAGAAGUCCAGGAUGGCAGGGUCAUCUCCUCCCGCGAGCAGGUCCACCAGGCCAGCCAGUGAGGACUCUGCUCCCCCUGCCAGCCCCUCUGGGGCCUCCCAUUGGCUCCGCAGCCCCCGCAGCCCCAGCACCCAGCUUCAGUCCCUUUCCCAUCCCCCCUCCCUGACCAAUAAAUCUCGUUGACUGAUA